AUGUCGGCCCCAGCUAUAGACAAGAUCAACCACUAUCUGUCAAAGGCAAACAUCAAGUUCUCGGGCCCCGUGUCGUCAUAUCUUCUUCUUAGCAGACCAACUCCUAUUUCCACAACUACCUCAGAUCAAGACUCCUCUCCCAAGGCUUACGUUAUAGAUCACAAGAACAUCAAGGACGUCAGAGAAACUAGCAGACACGUUCUCGCUACCGUCGACGCUUGCGCUCACCUUUGCACCUCAAUCGAUUCAGACUCCCAUCUUAAGCUUCUCAGACUGCAAACGGACGCCUCACAUUCUCUAAUCAUUACUGUACCUGCUCUUUGUUGUGUUGGAUUCAUCCACUUCUGCGGCAUGAUGAAGAAACACGCACCAUCUAGUCAUCCACGAAAAUACCACCAUCAACAGCAGCAACAACAGCAGCAAUCACAACAACAACAACAACAACUACCUUCAAAUGGCUCUUCUUCUGGCAGGCCUCCCUCGUCACUUUCAAGACCCACAUCUUCUUCUGCUGCCCGUGCUGCGGCCACUUCCAGAAUAGCUGCUAUCUCUCGUUCAAAACGACCAGUCUCGUCAUCUUCUCAAAACACUCACACACCUUCUUCAUCUUCUAUUCCCCUCAUUUCUCCAACUGCUAAUUGCGCAUUUACCUUUUCUCCCAUCCCCUCAUUUAGUAGCAAUGCUACCCAUAGGCCUUUAGUACUACCACCUGGCACGCCUCAGCAAAUAAAAUCGCGGGCUCUCACAGAAGACGACAUUGACUUUAUCCCGGACACAAAUACCCUGGCCAUGCUUUAUAGCAGUAACUCCAUGAAUACUCCUGUCAAACUCAGCCCGGAAAUGGAAUAUGAGAGCGAAAACACUCUCAAACUUUCGCGCGAUAGACGCGUUCAGGAAAUGCACAAUCAUUACAUUUCUGCAAGUGAGGAGGAAAAAAGGCUCUUAGAAGCUGAAUAUUUUCCUGUUUUACACGAAUACCUCAAGGCAAAUACUCUGCCGUUGCUCAACCAAGAACGCUGGCUUUAUGAAGCCAUUGAUGACGCGUUGUGA